CGGUUCUGCCGCGGGAGCAUGGAAGAAGCCGAGAAUUUUGUCUGGGAAGUGCCUUUGAGCUCGCAGAGUAGACACCAUGAGCAAGGCUCAGCCUCCCGAAUUGAAAAAAUUUAUGGACAAGAAGUUGUCAUUGAAAUUAAAUGGCGGUAGACAUGUCCAAGGAAUUCUGCAAGGAUUUGACCCGUUUAUGAACCUUGUGAUAGAUGAAUGUGUGGAAAUGGCAACUAGUGGGCAACAAAACAAUAUUGGGAUGGUGGUAAUACGUGGAAAUAGCAUCAUCAUGUUAGAAGCCUUGGAACGAGUAUAAAUACAAUGACUGUUCAACAAGAUUGUUCAACAUGUCCCCUCUUCCACUGCAUCUUUUCACUUUGAUAUAAAAAUUAGAUUAUGUACAUUUUCUUACUGAGUUUUGUUAAAUAAACUUUUGUAAUAGUCAAAAAAAAAAA